AUGUUGGCCCAUUUCAGUCCUACAGUGACCCCUGGAGGACCUCGGGCCGUAGAUUGGACACCUGUGCGCCUCCUGACACUAAUUUCCUGAUUGGCUGAGAGGAGGUUGCGUGGUCACACAGAAAGUCCAGCAGAAGCGAAUCCCCUCUGCGGGAAGUGUCUCUCUGUCAACCUGAGAACAACCGCAGUCGAUUAACUCCUGCGUCCACGUGGAUAAUCAACCAUGGAAUUAUUAGGUCGAUAUCUGGACAGGAGCAAUUCAAUUAGCUCUGUCAUGACUCAAGAUGUUAUCAAGGAGGAGAACCUGAGAGAUGACCUGAGGUACUACUUCAUGAGCCCGUGUGAGAAGUACAGGGCCCGACGGCAAAUACCCUGGAAACUGGGUGUGCAGAUCCUGAAGAUUGUCAUGAUCACCACACAACUCAUCCUGUUCGGCCUCAACAACCAGCUGGUGGUGUCCUAUAAGGAGGAGAACACCAUAGCCCUCAAAAACCUUUUCCUGAAGGACUACAGCGGGGUGGAUGAGGACGACUACUGUGUUGCUGUCUACACCCAAUAUGAUGUUAAGGACAGCCUGUUUUAUGUCCUGGAUCAGUACAGCCAGUUGGGCCGGCUCUCUACGGGUCCCAUCAGUUACGCUGAGGAUGAAGAUGGCGGACUGCUGCCUCUCAUCAUCUGUAAAGAGUACUACAAGAGAGGCAGCGUGGAGCCCUCAGACGAGGUCUACGACAUAGACGCCCAGCUGGAGAGAGUUUGUAUGUCACAUGAUCCAAAGACUGCAAACCUGUGGAGAACCCAAAAUUCAUCAUUUUUUGACCUGGACUUUUACAGGCUGGUCGACAUCAAAAUAACCUUCCAGCUGAAGGGAAUCAACCUACAGACCGUGCGCUCGCGGGAGUUACCUGACUGCUACUCGUUCUUUGUCACGAUAACAUUUGACAACCAGUGUCACAGUGGAAAGGUGAAAAUAUUCCUGGACAUAGACGCUCAGAGCAGCACGUGCACAGACUGGAAGAUAUCUGGGACGGCUCAGAAGAACACGCACUAUCUUCUGAUGUUUGAUGGCUUCGUCAUUCUGGUUUGCCUCACAUCAGCUGUGCUGUGCACCCGCUCCAUCGUACUGGCUGUGAGGCUACUCCAGAGAUUCUCCCGAUUCUUCCAUGAGAACUACAAUCGUAAAGUGUGUGAGGAUGAUCAGAGGGAGUUUCUGAAUGGCUGGUAUGUGCUGGUCAUUGUCAGCGACCUCUUGGCCAUAGUUGGAUCCAUACUGAAGAUGGAAAUACAGGCAAAGAGUCUGACCAGUUACGAUGUGUGCAGUAUCUUCCUGGGAACAUCUACGUUAAUGGUGUGGGUUAGUGUGAUCAGGUACCUGGGAUACUUCCAGAAAUACAACGUGCUGAUUUUGACCAUGAAAGCAGCCUUCCCCAAGGUUCUGCGUUUCUGCUGCUGUGCUGGCAUGAUCUACCUCGGCUACACCUUCUGCGGGUGGAUUGUACUGGGCCCGUACCAUGAAAAGUUUGAGGGGCUGAGUCGCGUGGCGGAGUGUCUGUUCUCCCUGUUGAAUGGUGACGACAUGUUCACCACGUUCGCCCAGCUGAAGGACAAAAACACGCUGGUGUGGAUCUUCAGUCGGGCGUACCUCUACUCCUUCAUCUCCCUGUUCAUUUACAUGGUGCUGUCGCUCUUCAUCGCCCUCAUCACAGAUGCCUACGAGACCAUCAAGAACUACCAGAGGGAUGGGUUCCCAUUGACAGACUUGCAGAAGUUCCUGAGAGAGCAGAAAGAUUUUCCUGUUGUAGAGGAGAACAGUCAGACAGACGUUCACGUCAGACAGUCUGUGCUCUGUUGCUGCCAACGAGUUCCAGAAAAUGAUGAUGUCAUACUGAUCAGUUGACAACUGUCCCACCCCCAGAUGAGACGAUUCAGGGAGCAGGAACAUGAGGGGGAGGAGGAUGCUGGGAACAGGACUUCACGUGUCUGAUGCAGACUUCAGCUGCUUCCGCUGAAGAAUCCUGGAGCGUGUAUUUCCAGGAGUAAAAAGUGCAAUAUGAAAUGCUGGAGACUGGAGCUCAAGUUCAAGUUGAGUUCGAGUUGGAACUGGGAGCAAGACAAAAAGGUUUCACAUGUUAUUUAACAGUAUCUGUUGGAGUUCAGGAUAUUGAUGAGUUUACUGGGCCUUAUUUAGGCAUGCAUAUGUGUUAGUUGCCAAAGAGCUGGAUUCGGUGUUGAUUUGCACUUGAUUAUUUCUGCAAACACCGGGUCUAUGCAACAUCAUGCAGUGCUAGAGGAAAUGUAUUUGUCAAAUGUUGUAGUAAAGAGUGCAAUAAAGCCAAUGUUUGUUUUACAUUACAUUACAUAUAUCAAAUGUUA